AUGAGUCUCAAUAACAACAAUCCCAGUAACAAUACGAAUACACCAAAUACAUCAUCAUCAUCAUCGACAUCUUCUAAUAAUUUACCUCCACCUCCUUCGUUAGUAAUGAAUGGACCAAUGGAUGACCCCAUGGUGAUGAUGCAAAUGAUACAGCAAUGUAUGCAAUUGAAUAAUGCCAAUCCUAAUCAAAAUUCUCCGAACAUUCAAAAUGUUGAUCCCAUGAUGAUGAUGAAAAUGUUACAAAUGUUUGGAGGUAUGCAGCCACCUCAACCACAUGUUUCUUCAAUGCUUUUAAACCCCUUACCUUCGUCUUCUUCAACUACGAAUAAUUCCACAUCAGCAUCAUCAAAACAAUCACCCAAUGCACAGCAACGAUCACCGUCUCCACCACCAAGACCAUCAAGUCCGACUAUCAUUGAACAAGAUGAUGAAGCAUCAAUACCGGCUGAUAUUUUACUUGCACAAAAGUAUAAUCUUGUGGAGAAGAAGAAGAGAAAGAUGAGGUGUGGAAAGAAGAGAGGACCACAAGAAGAAUUUAUAUUUCAUCUUAAACUUGAACAAGACAAAAAGAAGAAGCGACGAAACAAAUUAAUGGGCAACACGGGCUCUACCCAACAACAACAACCAACAACAUCAAGUUCAACGUCACUUCCAAAUACUGCCUCUACAACAAGCGUUUCAAACACUAAGACAUCUUCCAGUGAGACAUCAAAGCAAAAAAAGUCAUCAUCCGCGUCACUGGGAGGUACUGAGCUUAAAACCAAACAGAAAAAAACAACAAAGAAAAUAGAAGCUACCAAAAGAAGUAAAUCCACUGAAGAUGCUGAAGCCAUGGCCAAAUCUAGUGCUAGUAAUACUGGAGCAUCAACAGAGUCCAUCACAGCCCCUAUUUCUUCCUCUACUUCAUCUCUUUCUUCCAUACCAAUUUCAAUGGGAUCCAACAAUUUUAUUAACAAUAUUCCUUCAGAUCUUUUAAUGCCCAAAUUGACGCCCUCAACAAAUGUAAACUCAACCAUAACACCGACACCCUCAGCAGGCAAUUUUCUCAGUGAAGAACUGGAUUAUUCAUCAUGGCAAGACGUGCCUCAAUUUCCAGAAUUUUCAAAUCCAUAUCCUCCUCUUCAACAAAAACCAAAAGGGUGCUUUUAUGGAGACAAAUCAAAAGGAAAAAAGGUGCACAAGGUACCCAUUAAUCAAUCUAGUUCUAGACUUCAAAUAAUUAACAACAGGAAAAAAAAUUCUGUUAUUGGAUCGAUUAUAGAUAUUCUUGGUGACGACAAAGCAAUUAUUAACCACACAAUUCCAAGCAUGGUAACGUUGUUGGACGGUUUCAUUGUUAAAGUUAACGAAGCCAUGAAAGACAUGUUGGGAUUUUCCAAUGUUGGAGAGUUAGAGUUUCAGGCGAUGGCUCAAAAUUUUCUUCACCCACAAGAUAUCAUCAAACACGACAUUCUACUGUUGCAAAUGCUUAGCACAAAUACGGACUCAUGCAAACAUCCCAUUAGAUUUGUGAAUAGAAUAGGAAAAUGUUUAUUAUUAACAACCGAAUUUUGCUGUAUUAGAAAUGAGCUAGGUUUACCCCAAUGGAUAGUUAUUAGAUUAUCACAACCUAACAUCAAGAUGCCAAGCACCGAAGAAUAUAUACCUCAUUCACAACUAGAGUUUUUGCGACCAGAUUAUGACUUGAAUGUUAUUACAAGAGAAUCAUUGCUUCAAGACAGUUCAUUCACAUUUCAACAAAUGUUUUUGAAAAUAUUAGAGAGACUUUUUGGAUCAAAACAACCAACAUGUUUUUAUGACAGGAAUGCUGUGAUAUUGUGGAAUAAUGAACAGUUUGAUAGUCUGUUUAAUGCUACUAGAAAAAGCUUUUUCGGAAGAAGGCUCUACGACAUACCAGAAAUGAAAGGUACGAUCAUGGAAAUUUUGGCAAACACGGUAUUAUUGGAUCUACCUGAUAAGCUAGAGGCUCAAAUGUCUCCUGACUCCUCGCAAUUUAUCAACUCCAAUCUGAAGAUGAAUUGUUACGGACAAAAAGUGACAGAAAACAAUGGAUCAGUUUUUGGUUAUGUAUGGAUGUUUAGUAUAUUCCAAGAAGAAUCAACUGCAAUGACUCCUACUCAAGAAGAAACUGCAGUUGCUAUGACUCCUCAACCUCUUCCAAGCGAGACCUUUGGUUCACCUGGUGCAGAAGACAACAUGUUUGACAAUGUCAGUAACAGUGAUUCUUUCUUUGAAGGCUGGUACAACAAAAAAACAGAUAAAUGA